AUAUUUUUAUAGAACGCACCGAUGAAAAAGUCUUUUUCAUAUUUACUCACUUGUCCAUUUCCAUGUCAUUUUUUUCUCUUGGACAGCCAAUCUUCAUAGGUAGGCUUUUUGUAAUGAGAUCAAUCUUACAUUUAUCAAUGAAUUGUGUUCAUGUUUGAUCGCAGGCUGAAUGGGAUGGUAUUAAAAAUUUGUGAAAAUAAUUGGAACGAAAAAUUACAAUAAAUUCAUAGUGAACUUAAAGGUGAACAUCUACACUAAGUUUUGAUGAAUAUCAACUCCUUGGAAAAUAUUAAUAUAAAUAUUAAUGAAUUGAGAGGAAAUUCUGUUAUUAUACAACAACCACAUUCUUUCAACUUUUUACGUUUUGAUAAAAACCAAUUUUGCAAAAUAAUGAGAUAAUAUCUCUCACUUCGAAUUUUUCCGCUUGGGAGUUAAAUUGUUGGUCAAAUUUUUGGUCAAAUGUCUGUUAUAUUCAAAUAUUGAGCCAAAAGUGGACUUAGAUAAUUAAGUUAUAAUCCCUAAUGAACAUUUUGAGGUCAAAAUCUGAUCUGUCCUUGUGUACAUGAACAAAAUAUCCAAUGCACAAAAAUAAUUUCAAUAUUAUUUUGAAAAACACUAUCUUUUUAUUUCCAGAGAAACAAAAUGAAGAAGAGGUAUAUUGAAGUGGCUCUUGUGAAGUCUAUACGAGUUCUGAGAAUCUACCUCAGGUGUGCUUGUAUGAUGAGCUUUAGCAGGCGCGCGCGCUGUCAUAUAGAUACCUAUGUCUAUGUAAUAUAUAUAUACAGUCGAAACUCCGCGAACGUAUUACAGUUGAUGAUUUCGAGAAUAAAAGAACUCUUUUAUUACAAGAUCCGAAUCAGAACACCAAAUUGAAUUUUCUCGUUGAACAAUUUUUCGUUCAGGCAUACCUUUCAUUGCGAAAAACUGUAUUUUUUUUUUUUGGAUAAAACGCGAUUUUGAAAAUGUGCGACAUACAGGGUGUAGACAUGGGGGAGUCCACGUAUUAUUUACCGAAGGGUGAUGACAGGCUCAGGACCCCACAACAAACUUGGAUCACCAGGCUACAAAUAUGGAAAAAAUCAAGGAACGACAGGCAUCAACUUCUCACAAAAUCUACACAACCAACCAUAUCAGCAUCCACAACAGCAACAAAUCUCUCAGAUUAUCAGUCCAGCACCACCUUAUUCAGAAGCAAAAUGGCAACUUUACAAGAAAAUUUAAGAGUGUCACAGCCAGAGAUUGAACCCUUGAACACCAAAGAAAAAGACCCAGAAGUAGCCUCAACAUAUCCUCAGCAAUCUUCAUGGGAAAGUUUCAGCACCAUCCAAAAGAUCAAAGCUACACGCAAACAGCUUGUUACUGCACUUAUUGUGUCGUGGGUGUCUAUGUUGGUUGGAUAUACAUCAGGAUAUACAUCACCUGCUGAUAAAUCACUAAGAAGCCACUUUGGAAUUGGGGACAAUGAGAUGUCCUGGAUUGGAGGGCUCAUGCCACUUGGAGCCGUGGUAGGAGGAUUGUUAGGUGGUCCUUCAAUAGAUUUCUUCGGAAGAAAAUGGACACUCCUGAUGACUGAUGCGUUCCUGAUGCUAGCUUGGACGAUGAACUACUUCGCACAAGACUACUACUACCUCUAUGUCAGCCGUUCUCUUGUUGGUGUAGGAGUGGGUUUUGCCUCCCUCACUUUCCCUGUAUAUUUGGGAGAAACAAUCCAACCUGAGGUCAGAGGUACCCUUGGUCUUCUACCCACAACCCUAGGUAACAUCGGCAUUCUGGUGUGUUUCACAGUAGGGAUGCUCAUAGAUUGGAAAGACUUAGCAGGAAUAGCAGUACUGAUGACCCUGCCAUUCCUGCUGAUCUUCAUAUGGAUCAUCCCAGAAACACCUAGGUGGUACGUGUCCAAAGACAAACUUGAAGACUGCAAGAAGAGUUUGGAAUGGUUGAGGGGGAGUAAACAAGACAUAACCAAAGAAUUCGAUGAACUGGUGCGAAACCAGAAGGAGCAAGUACUGAAAAACGAAACUAUAAGCGACGUUUUCACCAGAUCGAAUCUCAAACCUCUCACCAUCUGUCUCACUCUGAUGAUCUUCCAACAGUUCAGCGGUAUCAAUGCAGUGAUAUUCUACACAACAUCUAUCUUCAGUGACUCGAAAUCUACUUUAGCCCCUGAGAUAUGCACGAUUAUAGUUGGGGCAGUGAAUGUGUUUUCAGUUUUCAUAGCAAACGCUUUGAUCGACAGACUUGGUAGAAAAAUUUUGCUCUAUAUUUCGAGUGUUUCCAUGGCUGUAUGUUUAGGAACACUAGGUUCCUACUACUAUUCCAAAGAUGUUAUCAAAAUGGAUGUUUCGGAAUAUGGGUUCGUUCCUUUGGUCUGCUUGCUCGUCUUUGCUCUUGGAUUCUCACUUGGUUUUGGACCAAUUCCUUGGCUAAUGAUGGGCGAAAUACUACCAGCCAAGAUCAGAGGACCAGCUGCUUCAGUUGUCACUGCGUUCAACUGGGCUUCCACAUUUGUAGUAACCAAAACAUUCCCAAUAAUGAACAAAAGUUUAGGAUCAUGCUACACAUUUUGGUUUUAUGGAGUAAUGGUUGUUUUGGGACUUAUUUUCACUGUGAUAUGUGUACCGGAAACGAGAGGGAAGAGUCUUGAGGACAUUGAAAGACUGAUGUCAGAUCAGAAAGUAAGAAAAAUGGGCUCAGCAGCCAACAUGAAACCUCUUCCUUCGACUUUCUGAUUAUUUGUUAAGUUUUAUCUGUGAAUAUAUCUAUUUUAUAAACAAAUAGUGGAAUUAGAUAGUUAUAACAUUUUUAUAUAUAAAACUCGAAUGAUGCUUCGUUGAGCAUGGAUAUUCGUUUACUCCUUUAUAUAUUUAGAUAAAUAAUUUAUUAAGACGUAGAACGUUUAUUUUUAUAAAAUAAAUUAUUUCAAUACAUAA